UUGGCUACCUAGGUUCGUCUAUCUGAGGUCGGUUUUAUUUGAGUUAUCUUUAGAAAGUGACGAUUGGGGAGAAAGGGGAAGCGGUUGAUCAAUGCCCAGGUAGCCUACAGGAUGGCACCAGCAAAGCGGACGGUGUGGGUUCUUCUCGCGCUGUCGGGUGUUCUGAAUUUGCGCUCCUGCUGGACUUUCACUUGUCCGUCGAUUUGCAAAUGUUCAUUGAAGAGCGAUACAUGUUACAAAGACACGGGAGAGAAACUCAGUUGCACGAGGGAAACGCAACUGAGGUCCCAAGCCGCUCCAUCGUUUAUUCGAAACUUAAGACUAACUCAUCUGCCGGUGAAUGAAGUUCCAAGCAAUGCCUUCAGAGGACUGAUCAACGUGUCCAGAAUUGAGAUAUCUCAGAGUGACUGCACCAGGUACAUAAGAAACCAUGCAUUCCUCUCUCUCCACAGCCUGACUGAGAUACAGAUACAGAACAUCAGAAAUCUGAUCAGUAUAGAGAAGGGGGCCUUCACUGAUCUGCCCAAGCUGAGAUACCUGAGUAUCUGUAACACAGGAAUUAUACACUUUCCAGACUUCUCCACCAUCUCCUCCCUGGUCAUACUGGAGUACUUCUUCCUUGAGCUGGGAGACAACAUGCAGCUCCACAGUAUACCUGCCAAUGCCUUUCAAGGGAUCACAGAGGAGAGUGUGUACAUGAAAAUUAUAAAAAAUGGAUUCAAAGAAAUCAAGUCGCACGCUUUCAACGGAACAAAGCUGGAUAAACUGAUUCUGAAAGACAACAGGUAUCUGAGGAACAUUCAUGAAGAUGCCUUUGAAGGAGCAUCAGGGCCAACUGUGCUUGACGUCUCCUCCACAGCUCUCGACACACUCCCCCGUCGAGGCUUGGAACAUUUAAAGGUCCUGAUUGCCCGUUCUACCCCCUACCUGAAGACUCUACCUCCUCUAGAAAGCCUCCUAGAGCUGGAGGUGGCAGAGAUGACUUACCCCAGCCACUGCUGUGCCUUUCACACCUGGCAACGCAAAGACAAGGAAAAAGUUGUCCUUGCACUCUCUCCGACCCUCAGAAGGCUGUGCGAUGACGAUGAUGAAAUCAUGGACCACUCGGCAGACAAUGUGACAGACCUGUACGACAUCAACCUCCAAUACCCAGACCUGCAGCUGAGCCUGUGUCCUGGACCCUUCCAGUGCACCCCGGAGUCCGACGCCUUCAACCCCUGUGAGGAUCUGCUGGGAUACUCCUUCCUCCGUUCAGUCACCUGGCUCAUCGCUGUAUUCGCUGUGGCCGGGAACAUGGUCGUGCUGGUCGUACUGAUAAUCAGCCACCAGAAGCUCAAUGUCUCUCGGUUCUUGAUGUGUAACCUGGCCUUCGCAGACCUCUGCAUGGGGGUCUACCUCCUCCUCAUUGCAGCCAUGGACUACCACUCACGCAAGGAAUACUACAACCACGCCACGUUCUGGCAGACGGGUGCGGGCUGUGGUGUGGCGGGGUUCCUGACAGUGUUCGCCAGUGAGCUGUCGGUCUACACGCUGACUAUUAUAACGUUAGAGCGGUGGCACACCAUCACCAACGCCAUGCACAAGAACAAAAGGCUGCGGCUGAGGCAUGUGGUAGCCAUGAUGGCUGGAGGGUGGGGCUUCUCCCUAUUGGCCGCUCUGCUUCCUGUCCUCGGAGUCAGCAGCUACACUAAGGUGUCAAUCUGCCUGCCCAUGGACAUCGAGUCCCUAGCCUCCCAGGUGUAUGUUGUAGCCCUCCUCCUCCUCAACGUCACUGCCUUUUUCAUCAUCUGCUGCUGCUACGUACGCAUCUACCUGUCCAUCCACAACCCCGACCUAGCAAUCCGCCACGGUGACUCCAAGAUCGCCAAGCGCAUGGCCGUUCUAAUCUUCACCGACUUCAUCUGCAUGGCACCCAUCUCCUUCUUCGGCAUCUCGGCGGCUCUCCGCAUGCCCCUCAUCACAGUCUCCCACUCCAAGAUCCUUCUCGUCCUCUUCUACCCAAUCAACUCCCUCUGUAACCCCUUCCUCUACACCAUCUUUACUCGAUCGUUUCAGAAGGAUAUACGUUUGUUGUUGAGUCGCUGUAGUUUUUGCCAUGCCAGAGCUGAGUUCUACAGGGCACAGAACCUGGAAGCACACACUAUACCGCCUAAGGGUAGUACUACGUCCCCCAGAAAACAUCACAGGUUCUACACCUACCACAUCAAGAUGCAAGGAUGCUUUCUCUGCGAGGGAGGCGGAGUAACAUGACUAGUCUCAGUAAAUCAGAACUGUGGGUAAAAUCACAUUUAAGCCAAUGGUUGAAUGACAACGAAAACAAUUGUCUGUAAAAAAAUAUAUAUCCAGAACCAGUCAAA